GCUCUGACAGCUGUGGAUAAAGAUUCCAAAGAUGUAAAUGAUCUGGUUGUCAGAAUUGAAGAUGAUGCUCUGGAUCUGUUUACUGUCAGCGACGAAAAGAUUUAUUCAAAUAUACGCGCGAAGAAAAUGACAUUUCUGAACGCAGAGAUACGAUCCCAAGGAGUUUUCGCAUUUCCAGGUUCUGAAUACAACUUUUCUGUUAUUAUAGAAGAUGCUAAACUUCUUAAAAACAAAAAUAAGGUUACAUAUUUCAUCUCAAUCGUUAAUAAAACAGAACCUGAAAUAAACUUGAAGGAAGACUAUAAGAUCAUAAUACCGAAAACUGCAGCUCAGUACGCCAGGGUAUUACAGCUUACAAAGUAUGCUUCCAGUACUCACCGAUUUCAGUUUGCUGAUGGUGAAAAGGAAAAUGACUGGCUUGGUAUGACAGAAAAGAGUGGGAUAGUUUUUAUUAAAAAUUCGAGCUUACUGGCUAAUGCCACAGCCGAAAAAAGAAAAGUCAUAUGGUGGUCAAAAAAUGACACUCACGAAAGGUCUGGAAAUCUUCUUCUUCUCCUUGAAAUAGAAAACAAAGAUUUUCUUCCGAAAGCUUGCAAUAAAGAUGCAUGGUGUUCUUUGUACGCAAGCCAGAGUGAGUGCGAAAGUAGUUGCGGAAAAGGAUCGAAAAUAGGUUUUUGUUUAUGGCGAACUAGUUCAUUGACAAGUAUACGCCCAAGCCCAGACUAUGCGACAUGCUCGCCAGACUUUUCAACCUGUCCAGACGGAUACUGCGAUGAAUUGGAACAACUGGAAAAAACAUUAUGUCCCCAGGACUGUGUAGAAAGCUUCGAUGGCAUCACAGUUUCCAAGACUAGUACUGGUCUUAAGAAAGCCGUAGGACCAUGUUCUUGUUCUACUCCAGAAAGAUGCACCUGUACGAGUUUUUACCCACCAGCCGAGAUGAGACGACCUAAGAACAGAACUCCACCUCGGAUAUCGACACCUCCAUCAAUCAUCGAAAUCGAAAAAGUGACUUUAAUCGAUACUGGAAAGUUUGUUGUCCACACCGAAGAUGAAACAUCCACUUCAGUCGAACUGGCCCCUUUUGCAGGUUUACUGACGAAUGGUACAUGUGGAGCAGGAUGCAUCGCAUUGGUUUCCAUAGCUCCCUGUGGUUUAGUUCUGAUCAUUCUUAUCCUCAUAGUGACCAGGAAAAUGAGAAGUAAUCAGAUGAGCAAGCACAAAUUUGUUGGCAGUCACAUUUCUCUUUCGGCGGUACCUUCGGAUUACGUAGAUGAGCGAUCCAAUUCUGCGCAAGACUCGAGAAAUACUCCAAGUGAAUCAUCUGGUUCCGCUAAAGCAUUUCUGGAUUCAAAAUGGGAAUUUCCAAGAAACAGACUGCAAUUCUUAACUGUACUUGGAGAAGGAGAGUUCGGCAAGGUAAUGAAAGCCCAGGCAUGGAAUAUAGCUGGAAUAAAAGGCUACACUACAGUUGCCGUAAAAAUGCUGAAAGAAAAUGGAGGACCUCUCGAAAAGCAGGAUUUGAUGACAGAAUUUAUGCUCUUGAAAGAAAUUUCUCAUCCAAAUGUAGUACGACUUCUUGGAGCUUCAACAGAAAAAAGCGGCCCUUUCUACCUUAUCGUGGAGUACGCCGAAAUGGGGUCUCUGAGAUCAUAUCUGCGUAAGAGACGACGUCAUAACAACUGCUGUCGGUACAAUGCGACUUAUGGUGUCAUAUCUCAGGUAGCUGACCCGUCCAGAGACUAUUACCAGUUUCCAUGCGAGCGAUCCCGUUAUGAACCUCAUCAUAGUUACUUCCAUAAAGAACAACUGUCAUUCGCUUGGCAGAUUGCAAAGGGUAUGGCUUACUUGGCGGAUAUGAAGUUGGUACACCGAGAUUUAGCAGCCAGAAACGUUUUGCUAGCAAAGCGAAAAGUGGCCAAAAUAUCUGAUUUUGGACUUUCAAGGGAUGUUUACGAGGGAGAAACUUAUCUUAAAAAGAGCAAGGGGCGUGUUCCUGUGAAAUGGAUGGCAAUUGAGUCACUUGAAGAUCAGAUUUAUACUUCAAAGAGCGAUGUGUGGUCUUUUGGUAUUGUAAUGUGGGAAAUAAUGAUGCAAGGGGCAACACCUUACCCAGGAGUAACGCCUCAAAGACUUUACAAUCUUUUGAAAGCAGGAUAUAGGAUGAGUAAACCGGACUCUUGUUCUGACGAAGUAUAUCAUCUAAUGCGACAGUGUUGGAGGGAUGUGCCACAUGAAAGACCCUCUUUUAAGGAGCUAGUAUUAAAACUGGACUUUCUCCUGCAAGAUACUGUGGAAUAUAUGGACUUCAGUGUAUCUUCAGCCUUAUCCCAAGCAUCUAGAUCUUCUGAUGCACAAGCUACUAAUACUGUAAUGAAUAUCCAGUACACAAGCGUAUUAGUAAAUGAUGAUGAAGAUCAGCUUCCAGAAGAAUCCCGAGAAACCGAUCCAGAAGAAUUCCAAGAAAGUAUCGGCUUAGUUAACUUGUUUGCCCAAUCUCAGAACGCCCUUAUCAACAGUAAUGAGUCCGUAGCAUAAAAAUAUAUGCUUAAUGCAGCUGACAAAUUUCUUCGUUUAUCAGAAGAAUACAAUCUGUUGAACUGUUCCUGAAUCAUCUAAGCAUGGAAGUUGCUGAAGACAGAAUGUACUUUCUGAUAGAGACGCUGAUAAGGAACAAAUAUGGUAUUUUUUUAUGAGUAGAAGUAGAAUUCUCUUUGACAUUUAAUUAACGUCAUCUAAAUGGAGUAAUAACAUGAAACUCCAUAAACAAUGGAUACUCUGAAUUUUGAUGAGUAUGCGUCGACAUACAAUUUAUAUGAUAAUUUCAGAUGCAUUUGUGUUAAGUGAAUAAUUAGGGCCUUUAGUUAGAAAUACUAUAAACUAUUUGGGAACAAAUUUAACAUUUAAGCUCUGUUCAAAUAAUAAUUCAGUUUUGUAUCUUAAUUGUGGCUUUAAAACUUCAACUGUAUAUCUGCAGACCAACCAUUAAUAUCGGUUAAACUCAUUUUAGAAAAGUCAAAUUUAUUAUGCGGGAGUAUGAUUUAAUUCUAUCAAGGUCAGUUUAUCUAAAAUUCAAUCACAAUUUAAUGAACACCGUUCAUGUAUAUAUAUAUAUGUUGAUCAUGGUACAGGUUCUCCCUGCUCUGCGAAAAAUUGCCUUUAACAUCAGGCUUAGCUUAAAGAAAAAAAUCUGAUUAGAAUUUUUGCUUUUGUGAAAUUAUUGAUUAAAAAAGGCGCUUGUAGAAUGAUCGUAAAAAUGUAAUUUUAAAAUAUCAAGUAGGAUCAUAGGAAAACUUGCAGAAUGUUUUGUAUGUUUACAAGAAAAUGUCUGGUAGACAAAUAUUGAGUCUAACGUCUUAUCGUAUUUAACCGUUUUUGAUAGAGAAGCAGAUAAGCAGGUGAAAAAUUUCUUAGAUGUUAAAGUAUCUUAACAAGUUCAAGCAACAAUUCAGCUACAUAUUCCUCAUUCUCUAUCUUUCUAUACCUCCAGUAAGACCAAUAAUGAAUUAUUUAGCUCUCAGCUUUGUCUUUCCGCCUGCGGAAAGAGAAACUAAAAUGAAAGAGCACAUUAAUAAUCAGUGAAGCAUUUCAAAAAAACGCUAACAAAUAUACUAGGCGAUCGAUAUCAAAUUUCAUAACACUGAAACAGAAGUAAACUAAUUAAAAUUCUUUUACGUAUUUCACGAGCAUCCAGUACGGACACCUUCGCUGAUAAGUCAUUGAGAGGAUUAUGUUUCAAAAACUGACUGAUGCCAGAACUGAAUAAAAUGGUAAUGAUUAUCUUCAUUAACAUGAAAUUUACCUCGUUUCUUUAGAGAUAAUUAAAGAGACAAUUUGCAAAAUUUUCGCAGUCGAACUUUGCACACAGAGCAGAAAGCGAGAAUAUGUUUAUUAAACUUUCCACUGAGGUUGCUAGGGCGUACCGGAAUAUGAAACGACACAAUAAUGAGAGGGCUACUUAAUCUUCCCGUUCGACCGUGUGACAUUUUUUGUGGAGUUUUGUCACCCUUCCCGAUCUCUAAAAAACUUCGCAACCAUCUAACUGAUGAUUUGACUACUGUUGAUGUUUAUAUUAUGGCAUUUUGUGGGACGAAAUAAAACAGAUUAUUGCAUAUAUGUAUAACAGCAACGAUAAAAAUCUACGAAAUAUUACGAAAACACUUAGUUUGCUACUGUUACCCAGUAUAAAAAGUUUUGAUAUCGGUUACGUAGCUUGCUUAUUGUAAAUUUUGGAAUUCUUCGUGGAAUCUUUAAUAACUUUGUACAAUAGCGCUCUUUUAAGAUUUAAUCGUUUAAUAGAUAUAAUGGGAGGUUAGCAAUAUUUCGAAGCUAAAAAAGCCCGAAAACUUUUCAUAUAAGUUAAUGACAAGCAUUUUUUCAAUUUAAAGCAUUUCCAUUUAAGAAAGGAUUCAUAGGAAUGCUUUGCCUUCGGAGAGAGGGAAAAGUUUGUAUCCAUUAACAUAGUCAUACUCUUUUUUUUACAAAAAUGAAAAUUAUUUCUUAGUUUUAUUGAAAAUAUUACGGUAAAUACUCUAAAUUGUAAAUUUGUUCGUGAAUAAUAGAUAGCUAAAAUAUUUAAAUUUUAUUUUGUUUAAUAUAAAAUUAAACAAAAUUUAAAGUUACAUCUAAAACGGGAAAAAAUGUUUUUUUUUUUUCUAAAUUCUGUAGAUAAAUUUAAUACUGAUUAAUAAAUUCACUCAUUUGUAGAAAAAAUCAUUUAACUUAGCAUUUCGAAUGAUAUUGGUGUAAAUAGAUUGAUAGAGCAGUUUCACAUCUUUCGCAUUGAUUUUCUUCGUUGCCCGCGUUUCUCCAAAACGUAUCUGUUCAAAACCAAUUGUACGAGAUUAUUAUUUAUAUGCCUUGUGUAUUACCUAGGCUCAAAUUCCCACAGGCUUUAAAGAAUGUAUACGUCUAUUUAUAGCUUUAUAUUAUAAUAUAAUAUAAAUUCUAUGUGAAAAUACACUAGUUGUUUUAAUCUUUAGCGAAAAAUGAUAAAACAGCUGUGCGGAAGGAAAUUUCUCAUGAGCUUAACAAAGCCGUUUGUUGCAAUGUACUAAAAGUAAGGAGAUUUCAUCCCAUAGUCACCACUGACUGGAUGAUAUAACAUUAAUGUUACAGAAAAUAAAAUUCUGUGAAAUUUUAAUCUUCAAAGUAAGCCGAUUUCUAUGAGUACACUUCUGGAUCUUCUACUUUGUUUGCUUGCAUUUGCAAUCUAACAUUUCCUUCCCAUGUUUAUAGAAUGUAAACAAUGUAAAGUGUUGGUGCUAUGUAGCUUCUAUGUAUAUAUUUGCCUUUAUGUAUUUCAAACCGAAUGUACUUAAUUGUUUGUACGUAUGUCUGCUUGAUGAGUUAGCUUAAUUUUUUUAAGAAGUUCUUCUAAAUUAAAAACAUAUUGCAUAAAUACAAACGGACUAAAACUGUGAUCAUGUCGGAGCAGUGAAUAUUUUCGAAAGCGUAAAGCUAAACUCGCACACCUUUUAGAACCACAUAAAAUGCUAACCUAGCAUAACCAUAGGUUAUUUUCGUAAUAUGCAUUGUAAAUACAGAGAUAUCCAUGCAGGAUAAAUACACAAGCUGGAAUAUUUUGUAGUGGGACCUAGAAAAAUAGCACGUAAAUUUCCGUGAAGGAAAAAAUGAGUUAGAAAUGAAUACAUAUAUUCUGCUAUAGACGAUGUUUUCUCAAAAUAAUACUGUAACAAAAGUAGUUACGAUAAUUGCACAUUUUUGUUCUUAAGCACCAUAAUACUCUGUAAUUAUUUAAUGUUGUUGAAGUAUUUUUAUAUAAGUGUAAAUAUAUAAUUUAUCAUCAGAUGUUACUUUCAUCGGUACAAUUCCGGUAAUCAUCUGUACCGACCCUGAGUCCCAGAUAUCACAGUGAGGAUCGAUUUCUUUCUAGAAUUUCAUUGUAUUGGAAAUGAAAAAAAACAACUGCUUGUGUGUUUGUCCAUAAAACUGAGAGAAUUACUUAACGUGAGAUAUUGCACUCUGAGAGAAUCACGCUGAAAAAAAUUAUUUAAUGAGAAUUGGGGUUUGACGCAGAGAUACGUAACUUAUUCAAUUUGCAAUGUGAUGAAUGAAGUAUUGCUAUCUUUGAUUUCAUUCAAAGUAAAAAUUCGUUCUGUAUUCAAAUCGAAAAAAUAGCAUUAAAUGUUUAGGAUAUCUUUAUGAUUGCUCAAAGAGGAAUUAUUUCAAUUCCUCCUUCAUAAUUGCUUAAGCUGUAAUUAUAAAAGUUUUUUAAAUAAAGAAAUUUGCCGUUAUAUUAUUACAUAAGACAUACCUUGAAAACUAUGCGUUGAACAUUUGUCUUGGAAUUUGUAAAAUUAAUUUUGAGGAAAAUUUGGAAAAAUUUGUGUUGAAAAACAUGAGCAUAAAAUCGCAAUUAACCUAAAUAUUUUCAAUCCUUAAAUUAUAAAGACUUAUGUAAAAUAAGGAAAAUAUUCCAAAAAAAUGUGUACUGAAUAAUGUAUUCAAGUCUUAUUUAAAAUGUUUGUUCUUGCAAAAUUUAUAUCCUGUAGUACAUAAUUUGAAAUUCUCCUUUAAUAGCAGCUUUAUGUAUGGUCAGCUAUAGUGUCCGAAAAUACCGCAAGGAGUACAAAGAUUUAAGUAACAAUUUACCAGAUAUUUCAAACUUAAAAUAUAAAACUGUGUACCUUUGGAAAACAUCUGUCAUUUAUUCCAUAAAGAAAAAUCAGUAUAGAUACGUACCAGAAUGUCUCUGUACUUCAAUUAUAGGACAUAAUUAAUUAAAUAUUAUAUUUUUUUAUUUUGAUACUUCAUUUUUAUGUAAAUUCAUUGCUUCAUGUCAGAGUUGUUUGAAUUUUUAUUGG